AUUAGCGCCGAGUAUUGUAGAAUGCUCGGAGAAGGAAAAUUCCGAGUGUGACGAUGAGUUAAUGUCAACCACCAAUACAGACGCCAUUCGAAAUUUUAAAGAGUUAACGAAAAAUUGUCCCGUUUUCACAACAACGCAGAUGACAACGCUCACGGUCAAGAAAUGUGCCGAACAGUUCACAUCCUGUAUUACAAGUGAAUUCCAAAGAAAUUCCGACCAGAACGAUGAGGAAAGCGUGUGCAAUGCACUUCCAAUGGUCAUUGAAUGUCUGGAGAAAACCUUGUCAUUGUGUCAACGCACAGAACAUCAGCAAGUGGAGAAGAUGUCUGCUGAGCUAGAGAAGAUCAGAAAACAAUUUGCAAAUUCAAAAUGUGCUCCAAGUCCCACUGAAGAUAGAUCCAAAUACGACAGUGCCGCAUUUCUCGUGACAUCCCUAAUGCAAACAUGUAUUGCAUUGAUUCUGGCCAUACUGUUACACUGA